GUUGUUGAGAAAGCGCCCCUGGAGGUUGUCGUGUCAACUACUAGUGCGUGAACGGCGAGCAGGCAAGUUUAUGCGAAUGAAUCGCUGAUUAAUUACGGUCGAAAAACGCGUGUGUUUCGGGGGGGGCCUAAAAAUUUGACCCUGCUCCUCGUGGUCGUGUGUCCACGGACAGGAUGAUUCCUUGCUGAGGAAAAAACGCGCCGUCGCAGCGAGCAGCUAGCAAGUCGAGCAAGCGCGCCCGAAGAGGAGGCAUAAUGGGCCAAACGCUUUCCGAGCCGGUUACGGCAAAAGAGACGUCAAGUUGUAUGAACGACCAAGUGAAAGUGGGCGCAUCGUGUAUGCAAGGAUGGCGUAUAAACAUGGAAGACGCCCACACUCAUCUUCUGAGCCUCUCUGAGGAUAAAGAUGCUGCAUUUUUUGCUGUGUACGAUGGCCAUGGGGGCGCUAAAGUGGCUCAAUAUGCCGGAAGCCAUGUGCAUCGCAAGAUUGUCUCUCAGCCAUCGUAUCAAAGAGGAGAUGUAGUAGACGCCAUAAAGAAAGGUUUUCUGGAGAUUGACUCAGACAUGCUUAAAGAUGAUACCAUGAAGGAUGAACUUGCGGGCACCACAGCCGUUGUGGUGCUCCUGAAAGGUGGUCGCAUCUACUGUGGCAAUGUGGGCGACUCGCGGGCCAUUGCAUCUGUUGGCGGGCACGUACAGCAGCUCUCCUUUGACCACAAACCGGGCAACGAAUUGGAGACGCGCCGUAUCAUUGCAGCUGGUGGAUGGGUCGAAUUCAACAGAGUCAAUGGCAAUCUGGCACUGUCAAGAGCCCUCGGGGAUUUUGUGUUCAAAAAGAAUGAAAAGAAGUCUCCGGAAGAGCAAAUAGUCACUGCUUACCCAGAUGUGAUUGUGAAGGACCUCACACCCGAUCAUGAGUUCGUACUGCUGGCUUGUGACGGGAUCUGGGACGUACUUUCCAAUGAAGAGGUAGUCGAGUUCGUACGUGCGCGGAUAGCGGCAAAAAUGGAACCAGAGCAGAUUUGCGAGGAGCUGAUGACUCGCUGCCUGGCACCCGACUGCCAGAUGGGGGGCCUCGGUUGCGACAACAUGACUGUCGUGCUCGUCUGUCUGCUGAACGGGGCACCGUACGAGGAGUUGGCACGUCGUUGCGCUCGACCCCCGCUACCGUGCCCACCUUCGCCACCUGCGAGCCCUCGGGAAGGUUACCACUUCGACCACGAGGUGGCCGCAUCGGUGGGCAGCGAGCUGCAGAUGGACGCACACAGGCAGGGAGACACGGCCGAGGAGAACAAGCAGCCGCAAGAGCAGCAGAUGACGGAGGAGCAGACGACGUCCCCGACGCCUCCCACUCCUCCUCCACCAUCUACGUCGCCUCUGAGAGAGAGUGGUGGCGAAAUGGCAGUGGCAUGAUGUGUAGUGGUGCCCGCAAUGGAACACUUAGGAAAGCUGUCCUCGCACUUGUCUCUUUCGGAUACUUUUUUUUUCCACUUUCUUCCUAAUUCUCAGGCUUGCAACAAAGGGGGGCAAGGUUUGUGCUGUGUCUAAGCACAUCACGAUACCAGUUGUGUACGGAGUGUACAAAAGUUUGCUCACUCUAAGCACGUGACUUGUGACCGCUGGUGGCUCGCUGUCAUGUAACUUUCCAAUGGGAAUUCUGCUGUCACGAUCGUUUCAGUUGCAGCAGUUUCUCCGGGAAAGGUUAGCAGCUGCAGUUCAGCAUCAUUGCACAGAAUUGACCCCUCUUUGUCAAAGCCUUUAACUUUUUUUUUACUUUUGUGCAGAGUAAGGGCUUGAGGACAUUACUGCAGGCUUAGCAAUCUGUGCAAUGCAAGUUUGUCGCAUUCAUGUUGCAUUCAUGCCUUUACUUUUUUUUUAAGAGUCAUCACUGGCAAGCCAUAGCAGCCAAAAGCGAAAUUGAUGAUCGACCCCUCUGUACAUUCACUCAUUCUGGUGUUAUAAACGAACGCCGACGAGUGAGCCGUUGUUUCUCUGUGCUCAGAAGGGCACACAACUGUCCGCGCACGGGAUAGCCCAACAUCCAAUGCCCAAGCGUAAAGCUUUAGCAGCACAGAUUUGUCACGAAGAAUAAUUUGGGGGAAAACAGGCCUCAUCUUGUGCGCAAUGUUUGUGAUUGGCAGUGCUUUUUUUUUUUUUUGUGCACAGCACUCACUAGCGCCAUGUAGGUGUACUGUUUUAUGCACCACUGUUUAAAGUGUCAUCGUAAAAGUACAUGUGCUUUCCUGGCUGCAGUGGGAUUCAGUGCCCCCUCCCCCUUUUUUUAAGAAGCUCAGGAGCACGAGAGAGGUAGAAGUGCGAUUAAAUUUCGGCCUUGAGCUGCUGCUUGGUGCCAGCAACUUUCCAUUGUUGUUUGUUAUUGUUGUUCAGUAGCAGGCACUGUGUGUUGAGAGAACUGACUCCAAUAGGCUUGAACGUUUUUUAUUUUUGCCAUCGUGUCUCUCGUGUAAUGUAGAUAUAAAAAAAAAGGUACAUCAGCUCUGUACGAGCAUGCCUGUUGUUCUGUUACCUGGAUGCAGAAAAAAAAGUAUACAUACCUGUAUAUAAGCACAUGUUUUAUAUGAGCGAGCAACAGUGUUACUCAAAAUCCAGUCAACUGUAAAUAUUCCGAGAUUCCCCAAAUCAGUUAUACAUUUUUACUCUUCUGUUUGUCUUCUCCCUUGUAAUCUGCGAGUGCGCUCGCGCACUUGCAGAUCGCACCAAUCACCCGUUUUUUACACUGAAUGUAAUAAAAAAAUUAUUGAGGCACAAAAUUACAGUGGCAUGUGUUUUGGGCGACUCAGUACCUCUGUUCAAAAGUUAUUGUAGUUUAUCUUACAGCAGCCCCCUUCAUUAUUUCUUUUCCCAAGUUGGAUGUUACUUGCAAUGCCUAGACAGUCAGUGAGGGGGUGUUGUCUUUUCUACAAGGUGCUUACAUUUUAUUUACUGAAACAAAAACCUCUCACUUGCUUUAUGCAGUUUGUCUUUUACGAGUCUUAUUGAAUAGGCAUACUAAUAAAAGUGUGACUGAAUGGUGC